AUGGACCAUCACCAAGACACACUGCGCGCAAGGAGGCGAGACUUGUCUCAGGUCCUGCGGGGCACAGAGGGGAACCUUGUCAAGGCAAAAAUCACGUCUGUCAUGGAAAGCUCUCGCGAUGAGAUUGGCAUUCGCAUCUUUCUGACGACGAGCCGGCUCAUCUCAGUUCUCGGCCGCCAGGACACUGCGCGCUUGAUUGCCUACAUGACGCCGUAUCACGGGAAAGAGAUUGCGCCUUUCCAUCGCGCGGGCAUGCGAUGGAAUCUUCACUUCGACCAGCGCCUCUACGUGAAGUGGACGGAUAACCGGCGCAACGGCGCGAAUUGGCCUAUUGAGCAGCGCGACUCGGCGGUGUUCCUGUACAACCUCGCCUGCUUCCAAUUGUGUUGGGAUAUAGAGACACUCCUGUGGGAGAGACGGUCUAUAUGUCUCCGGGGCCUGGGUGCGGAGGAUCGGGAUGCUCUCUACUGGGAUAUCUUGCUCGUCCUCGAGCUCAGCUCGUUCGCAAGCUACCGGUUUGCGAGCGACGAGUCGGCAGGGUCGACCUCGAAUGCCGCGGCUCGAGCACGCCUAGAACAGACACUAAGAGACAAGUGGGCACAAGGGUGCCUUGCUUCUAGUGCCGAUAUAGCUCAGCUGGGCGAAGAGAGGCCUAUUCAUCGCAUCAGCAACUGGGAACUCGUUGGCCUGCGCACUUGGGAGGAAGAUGUCCCGCGGAGGAGACCGUUUAACGGUCGCGGUCGCGCCAUGGGCGGCUUCGUCAUCAUCGGGGCGAGAAACCGGGAGCCCGAAGAGCUUGACGGUGGCCUGUAG